AUGACACUCAAAACCCUACCUCCUGAGCCCAUAAUCGACCCCGACAACACAAAAAUCCAUCGCUGGCCUGACCUCGGACUCACCCUCAUCCACGACUUCAUCUCCCCCUCCGAAGAAGCAACCAUGGUCGCCGCCUUCCACGCCCGCGACCCCGACCUUAACCCCAAGCGCCGCGUCUCCCAGCAUUAUGGAUACCACUUCGACUACACUACCUUCGGUGCAUCCGAGACAGAGUACUCCCCCAUUCCCGAUUACAUCACUGCCUUUUUGCCACGACUGCCCCUGCAGGACUGUAUUCCGGAUCAGUUCACCGUUCAAUACUAUCCUCCCGGGACAGGAAUCCCGCCACAUGUGGAUACGCACUCUAUGUUUGAGGAACCGUUGUAUAGUUUGUCGUUUGGGAGCGCUGUACCGAUGACGUUUCGUCUGGCGGGGCCGAAUGAUGCUAGGAAAAUGAGGUUGCCUAGGAGAUCGGCCAUGCAAAGUGAAGGGGAGGGGGCAGCGCCGCCUCCUCCCAGUUCAGUGUCAUCUCAGACGGGAGGAGAUGAGACGGUGCAUCCGUCGUGGGAUCUCAUGCUUCCCCCGAGGUCGUUGCUUCUGAUGAUGGGCCCAUCGAGGUAUGGGUAUACGCAUGCAAUAAGGCCGAGGAAGAAUGAUGUCGUGGAUGGAGUUGCGGUACCGAGGAAAGGGAGAUACUCCAUAACUAUGAGAAAAGUCAGGAGAGGGGAGCAGAUCAAGUGUGACUGCCCAUAUCCCGGGGUGUGUGAUGCUAGGAUACGGGAGGAGAUGGCGCUGGCGAGGGCGCAAGCCUGUCCAAAAGGGCAAGAUGAGAAUGAUAAGCACACAGGAGAGUCAGCAAAGUCAUAG